AUGGCGAACUACGGGGCAGUAGGGUCCAUCCAGGGACUCAGCCCGUUCAAGAAGACCCGCAAGUUGGCCGCAUGGCAGGUCCUGGGCGUUGCAGCCCUUGCACUGUGUGUGCUCGCGUUGGCAGUUGUUUCCACGCAUGGCACGCGCAAGUCAGUCCUGCUGUCUAGGAGCAAGGCGCAGUAUGCUGCUGCAAGGAUGGGAUUCAUCCCCCGAGCAAGGUUCGUGAUGACCAAGCAGCAGUUCCGAAAGAUCCUACUGGCAGAGGAAGAGAGGUCCGUGAUCCAGAUCUGCGGUUCGAGUGUCUGCAAGGCCAAGGAGGGCUGUAACCAGGAGUCCUUCAAGAAGUGUGUCGCGAUGAAGCCAGAGGACAGGAAGAAGUUUGUGGCCCAGCAGCUGCCCAAGCUCAACCUCAUGGAGGGCCCACUUGCUGACCUCCCCGAAGAGGCAAACCUCGAGAUGGGCGAGCUCGGAAACCUCCCGGAGGACACCACUGCUGCUCAGUGUGGGACUGGCGCAUGCACUGCAGAGGGAUGCGAUGACAGCACCUUCUUCGCUUGCUUCAAGCAGCUGGAGCAGAGAAAGAUGGAAUUCGUGAAAUCAAACCCCCAGCUCGCCAAGCACAUGGCUGAGUUUGUGAAGAAAGAGGCAGCUCAGAAGGCUCUCGUUAAGGGCCAGCAGGCUUCGGCGUCUAAGAACGUGGAGAAGAUGCCUUUCAGCAGCGAUCAGGAGCCCCCUGUCAUGGGAACACACUACAUGACCGCCAAUUGGGCCAAGGGAAAGCAGUCAAGAUUGAGAUCCGCGUUCCGCAUGUCAAAGUUGAACCUCCACGAGGGUCCGUUGGCAGACCUUCCGGAUGAGCCGAAUGUGAUGAUCGGAGAGCUGGGAAGUUUGCCUGAUGAACCGAACAUCAUGAUCGGGGAGCUCGGUGGCUUGCCAGAUGAGCCGAACCUGAUGGAGGGAGAGCUCAGCACCCUUCCGGAUGAGCCGAACCUGAUGGAGGGAGAGCUCAGCACCCUUCCUGACGAGCCGAACCUGAUGGAGGGAGAGCUCAGCACUCUGCCUGACGAGCCGAACUUGAUGAUUGGCGAGCUUGGAACGCUUCCUGACGAGCCGAACCUGAUGAUCGGAGAGCUUGGAACGCUUCCCGACGAGCCGAACUUGAUGAUCGGAGAGCUUGGAACGCUUCCGGAUGAGCCGAACCUGAUGGAGGGAGAGCUCAGCACCCUUCCGGACGAGAAGCCUGACUGGAAUGGGCAGCCGAACUUGAUGAUCGGAGAGCUUGGAACGCUUCCGGAUGAGCCGAACCUGAUGGAGGGAGAGCUCAGCACUCUGCCUGACGAGCCGAACCUGAUGAUCGGAGAGCUUGGAACCCUUCCAGACGAGCCGAACUUGAUGAUCGGAGAGCUUGGAACGCUUCCUGACGAGAAGUCUGACGGGAAUGGGCAGCCGAACUUGAUGAUCGGAGAGCUUGGAACGCUCCCCGACGAGCCGAACUUGAUGAUCGGAGAGCUUGGAACGCUUCCGGAUGAGCCGAACCUCGACACCGGCAUCCUCGGAUCUCUCAAGGCCAAGAGGAAGGUUCAGCUUCUCAGGCAGGCGAUGGGCCGCCGGGUCUCCAGCCCGUGGCAGAUGCUCAGGAGGAUGGUGACGCGUAAGAGCGCCGUGGUGGCUUGCGGGGUCACGAGCUGCGGGAGGAAGUCCGGGUGUGACAACAAGUCCUUCGCCAUGUGCAUGAGGCGAAGCGCCGGACAGCCACAGGCCCUCAAGGCUCGCAAGGUCCUGGGGCUGCGACGCUCCGUCCUGAAGCUCCUCAAGCAGAAGAAGGAGAAGUCCGCCGUCCUCCUCCUCGCUUCGCAAGAGUGCUCGGCGAGAACCUGCAGCAAGUCGGGAUGCGCCAGCAACGCCUUCAAGCAGUGCGUGCAGGGACGCUUGAGUAUCUCUGCCAAGGCUGCUCGCAUCCUCGCCCGCAAGGCUCAUCCCAAGGCAGCAGCCGCCGCCAGCCGCUCGCAGCCGGCCAGCAAGAAGUAA